AAUUACCACGUGGGUAAUUGAACCUGCUCCAAAAGCUUCUCCUGUGCAGUUGCUCCCUUAGUCAACUGGCUACUGCCAUGGAGGUUCCGGAGCUACCGGAGUGCCCGGUCUGCUUGAACCCCUACGACGCCGUUUCAUCUGUCCCCCGAGUCCUCUCCUGCGGCCACUCGACCUGCGAAGUCUGUAUUUCCCAGCUGCCCAACCCCUUCCCCAACACCAUCCGGUGCCCCUCAUGCACUCAGAUUGUGAAAUUACCAGGCCGCCCUUCCUCCCUCCCCAAGAACAUAGACCUCCUCCGCCUCUCCUCCUCUCUCGUCCAUCCCCACCACCCUCCGGACGACAGGCCCAAAAAGGUCACUCCACGGGAAGAAUCGGCACCCCAACUUAAUCCGUUCAUGCCCACUUUAUGGUCUCGUGAAUUUUACUUGAAUUGGAAGAAUUGGGUUUUGCCGAACGACUGCGUUUUGGUUGAGAGAACGGAUUCUCAGGAAGAUGGGCUCUUUGGUUUAUCUUAUGGGAAAAUUGUGAGAAAUGUGGAUAAUUUUGAUGUUAGGUGUAUUUUGAGGGAGAAUGAGAAAGUGGGUCUCGUUAAAGUUGGGGUUUUUAGGGAUCAAAGUGAAAGACAAGAUGGAAAAGAGGGGGUUUUAUGUAGUAAGUUUAAGUACAGUUAUGAAGCAAAGAUCGUGAAAGUUUUGUUUUUGAUGAAAGAAAAUGAAAGAGAUGAAUUGGAAAUGAUUUUGAAAGAAAGUUUGAAGAUUAAAAGAGUUGGAAAAAUUUGUGGGUUUUGGUGUAAUGAGGAAGACAAUGGUGUUUUUAUGGUGUUUGAGAGGUUUAGCAGGGGUUUAGCGAAGAGUACAUGGGAAUUGGAAGAGGGGUUUUUGGCGAAAAUUGAAGAGGAGGGACAUAAAGUGAGCAAGAUGGGUGGUUUUGGGUUGAUUGGAAUGGAGAUAUGUGAAGUGGUUAAUGAUUUACAUGUCGAAGGAUUUGUCCUUGGAUGUUUGAGCGUCCAUUGUUUUGGUUUGGAUGAAUUUGGUCGUGUUUUCAUCGAUUUUGGUGAGGUUUUGGGAGUAGGUAGGAGAGUCUGUAGGGCGAUCAGUGGAAAUGAGGAGCUGGAAAAUGAGUUGUUCAAGAAGUUUGCGUUUGUUAGUCCAGAGGUGGUAAUUGAGUCGUUAAGGAAUCAGGGUAUUGAGUUAGGGGAUGGGAGUUUGGAAUAUAAGGUUGGAUUCGGAUCGGAUGUUUGGUCGUUAGCUUGUGUUCUUAUCUGGCUUCUUGCUGGGAAGUCAUUCUCUGAAGAGAUGAAUAAUUACUGUAAGUGUCUUUUCAGUACAGUGAAUGAUCAAAAGGGUUGUAAUUAUGUGGACUUGUAUAUGGGUUGGAAGGAGAAAAUUGCUGGCUUGUUAGAAGGUGGAUUACGUUUGGGAUUUGCUUCUCUGAAGGAUAUGCUGUGCAAGUGUUUGGAGUUCGAUCCUGGAAGUCGACCAGUUUUAAUUGAAGUAUGGAAAUGCAUUAGGAAAUUGACUAUUCUACCUGAGCUUGAUAUAUCACUCGAGCCAGAGAUUGAUGCGAUCAGGAGGAUCCCAAGUCAUUGUAUAUUGUUCGGGAAUCUCUGUGAUUCAUCAAUGAAGAGUAAGAAAGGAAGAUCUAGACAUGUUGCAGGUGGCUCAUUAAGAAGAGAUGAAAAUGAAGUGGAGGGGUUGACGGUUGAUGGUGACGUUAAUGGCCUCUCCAAUGGUCAUGCCCAGUGCAUUAACUUGAAGGGUCAUCUCGAUUGUAUCUCAGGAUUAGCUGUUGGAGGGGGUUUUCUCUUCAGCUCUGCGCAUGACAAAAUAGUCAAUGUAUGGUCUUUGCAGGAUUUUUCUCAUGUCCAUUCAUUUAGAAGCCAUGAACAUAGAGUUACAGCAGUGGUUUUUGUGGAUGAAGGAGAACCGUUGUGCAUAAGUGCUGAUAAUGGAGGUGUUAUAUGCAUCUGGAGUGCCAAAUUUCCCCUGGAUACAGCACCAAUAAGGAAAUUGUUUGAGGAGAAAGAUUGGCGCUUCAGUGGUAUUCAGGCCCUAGCUGUUUCUGGUAAUGGAUGUCUGUAUACUGGCAGUGGCAGCAGGUCAAUAAAAGCUUGGUCAUUGCAGGAUUACUCUUUGAUGUGCACCAUGACUGGUCAUAAAUCAAUAGUCUCCUCCUUGGCAGUUUCCAAUGGGAUUCUGUACAGUGGAAGUUGGGACGGAACUGUUCGAUUAUGGUCUUUAAAUGACCACACUCCUUUGGCUGUACUAGAGGAUGAAAGACCUAAUGCUCUGAGUCCUGUUCGAUGUCUUGUUGUGGAUGGGAAUUUGCUUCUUGUGGCUCAGGAGAAUGGCUAUGUCAUGAUGUGGUACAAUGAUGUGCUUGUGAAGUCCUCUCAAGUUCAAAAUGGUGUUUUAUUCUCCAUUAACAAGAGUGGAAAGUGGCUUUUCACCGGGGGUUGGGACAAGACUGUCAGUGUGUUAGAGCUUUCUGGAGAUGGUACCCAAACAGAAGCCACCCUGACUGGAUCAGUUUCUGUUGAUUCUAUUGUAACUGCUUUAGUUUACUGGGAAGGAAAGCUGUUUGUGGGACAGGCUAAUGGUGCUCUCAAGGUGUGCUACUCUGGGUUAUGACGAGCUCAUGCAGGACGUCUGCUGUAUACCGAUAGUACAGGAUGCCUAUACUGUUUUUGAUAAACUUGAUGCCUAUACUUCAUUAUCUGAUAACAAUAUGUAUAUGAAAAGUUCCAGGAAAAAACGGCAUGAGAUUGUAUAACUUGAUUCAAUGCAUAUGAAUAGAUUUAUCACGUAAUCUCUGUAUAUAUGUAGAUAAAUUUUUUAUUCUGAAAGAUGUAUAAUCAUUCUCCAGUUGGUAAUGAUGACAUGAUUAGAGCAAAAGUGGUUAGCUUUGUGCAACUACAGAUAUUUGAAUCUACAACUUCUGCAUUUACAUUAAUUAUCUUGUUCAUGGACGCGAACCGUUCUGAACAGUGUAACAUUUUUUGAACGUUUUAUAACUCUAUGUA